CGACACACAAACACAUGGCCACCCCCUGUACCCUUGUUUUGACUGAUGUGUUGCAGUCCGACGGACAUCUUACAUUUGUUUGAUCUCCGAAUCUGAACAAUGUGGAUUCAAGUCAGAAGCUUCGAUGGGAAGAUUUCUAUGCAAAUUGACAACUUGUCGAAGUUGACGAAAAUCGAAGAUUUGCGAGAGCGACUUGUUGAAAAGUUCGAUGCACCUACUGAUCGUCAACGCUUGUUUUACAGAGGGAAACAGUUGACAGAUGGUCACUCACUGUUUGACUACAAUGUUGGCCUGAACGACCUGAUACAGAUCUUGGUAAGACAGGAUGCCCCGACUGACAAAGCCACACCUACAGUCAAUGGCUACAAUAGCGCUGGUGAAGAGAGUUCAGCCUCGGACAAGGAAAACAAACCUUUGACCCCAGAGCCAGUGGUUGCUUCCACAUCAAAAGAAGAGGCAGAGUGUGUGGAAAAUGGGGAAUUACAUUCUACAUACAAGAUUGGAGACAUCGUUGACGCAAGAGACACAUAUAUUGGAGCGUGGUUUGAGGCCAAAAUUGUGAAAAUUGCAGUAGACACUGGGAAAAGGGCAACAAAAGUAGCAGAACCAAAUGAUAAUGACGAUACAUUGAGUGGAAUUAAAAACAAUACCAAUAAAUCUAUGCGUAGAAAACUUGCAGAGUCUAGUGAUACAAGCGACUGUAGUUAUGACAACACUGACAGUGGUGCUAAUUCCAUGGAGAUAGAUUGUGAUACUGAAAUAUCAGACAAAGUGAAAACAGACAAAAAGUUUGAGGAAAUUGACAAUUUAAAUGAUGGUUUUGUUUAUCAUGUUGUUUUUGAAGGGUAUGAAGACACAGAUGCAGAAGAACUGACAUGUGGAAGAAUCCGCCCACGUGCGAAGACAGCUAGGAAAUUUUCAGAAGUUAAAGAAGGACAAAAAGUUAUGAUCAAUUUCAAUGUUGACAAUCCAGACCAGCGUGGCUUCUGGUACAAUGCAAUCGUCACGAAAAAACAGAAUACGCGAACAAUCAAGAAACUAUUAGCAACUGUUUUUAUUGGGCCCGACCUGAUACCACUUGAUGACUGUAACAUUCUGUUUUUGAAUGAAAUAUUCGAAAUUGAAAAACCUGGUACACAAUCGAAUGUGGAUGAUGUUGCUAAAGAUCCAUCACAAUUGCCUGUCAAACGAAAGACCAAGCCUGAGUGUAGUCAUUGUAUGGACAACCCGGGGAGGGAGUGUAAACACUGUGCUUGUUGUGUGUGUGGUGGUAAGAACGAUCCGGACAAACAGGUACUCUGUGACGAAUGUGACCAGGCCUAUCACCUCCAGUGUAUGAAUCCUCCACUUGAUAGUAUCCCCGAGGACGACGAAUGGUACUGUCCCGAUUGUAAAACAGACAGUGACGCCAUUGUAAAAGCAGGUGAGAAGUUAAAGGAAAGCAAAAGGAAAGCCAAGAUGGCAUCAUCGACCAACUCAACAAGUCGUGACUGGGGCAGGGGAAUGGCUUGUGUGGGCCGACAGAAUGUAUGCACAGUUGUUCCAGCACAACAUUUUGGGUCUAUUCCUGGUGUAGAGGUCGGCACUUCGUGGAAGUUCAGAGUUCAGGUGAGUGAGGCUGGAGUACACAGACCACACGUGGCCGGUAUCCAUGGACGCGAGGAUGUUGGGGCAUUUUCUAUAGUUUUGUCAGGAGGCUAUGAAGAUGACAAGGACGACGGAGAUCAAUUUACUUACACUGGAAGUGGAGGUCGUGACCUGUCAGGAAAUAAACGUACAGCAGAACAGUCAUGUGACCAGGUUCUGACACGUAUGAAUAAAGCUCUGGCCAAGAACUGCAAUGCCGUUAUGGACAACAAGAAGGGUGCCUGUUCGGAAGAAUGGAAGAAAGGGAAACCUGUACGUGUAGUUCGUAACUGUAAGGGAAGGAAACACUCCAAGUAUGCCCCAGAAGAAGGCAAUCGCUACGAUGGCAUUUAUAAGAUUACCAAAUACUGGCCAGAGAAAGGAAAGUCUGGUUUCUUGGUCUGGAGAUACUUGUUGAAGAGAGAUGACCCCACGCCAGCUCCCUGGACCAAAGCAGGCAAGAAACGUAUUGAAGAACUUGGCCUUGAAAUGCAGUAUCCUGCGGGCUACCUUGAAGCCAUGGCCAAGAAAGCUGAGGAGGAGGAGUCAUCGGGUGCCACAUUUGCUAAAAAAGGAAAAGGAAAGAGGAAACGGACCGACUCGAAUUCUUCACCAGGUGAAACUUCAGAGAAGAAACAGAAGGUGGUAAAAUACAGUGUAGAUCCUGCCCAGUUAAAGCUCAUCAAAGAGGACGAAAUUAACAAGAAACUGUGGGAAGAUGCCAUGUUACUCACAAAGGAGGAUGGACAGAAAUUUCUAGGAAAAGUAAAGGAGCUGUUUAACUGUAUCUGUUGCCAGGAGGUUGUGUUCAAACCCAUCACCACUGUCUGCAACCAUAAUAUUUGUAAGCCAUGUUUAAACAGAUCAUUCAAAGCAGAGGUGUACAACUGUCCCAUGUGUCGAGCUGAUCUGACGCAAGAAGAGGAUGAACUCAAAGUGAACAAAACCCUUCGGACAAUAUUACAGAAUUUCUUCCCUGGUUACGAAGCAGGCAGAUAGAUCAUACCUUUUACCUUUACAUUCUGUCCCUGUUGUCACAUUUACUGUCAUGAUUUCUCCUGACAUCAACUUUUCUUAUUCAGGAAAAGCAACAAUUUUAGCUCAAGAAAACAGCUUUGCUUUCUCUAUAUCAUUAGUCAAAUGAUAACAUAUUCCGCACACUUGCCGGCCCCUGCUGUUCAGAUACACAAUCAAUAUUCAGCAUCUGAGAUUGAUAUUGAAUCCAAAAACAUUUCAUUACAGUUAGUGUACAUAUUUCAUCAGUACCAUUAUUUUUGGACUGCAUUACAAUAAAUAAUAUUUACAUUUUCCCUUCGCUCCGCCUUAAUGAACAUAGUAAACUCAUUUCACGUCAUUUCCUGUUGAAGAUUUUGGGUCACGUGCUUCUGUUCUGAGGGACGAAUCACUUUCUUGCCGGCGUGUGAAUACAUUCACUGAGUGUACAAUGGCGAUCAAGUUCUGUACCUCCUCAAACUUAAAUGCACUUUCAUUUUGUGAAUUUUGUAACAUUGUUAUAAACAUAUAUGAACACAAGUGGAAUAGCCGCUUUAUGUGCUAAUAAAAAUGCCAGAAUAAUGCAGACAGUUUAGAAAACAGGAUCUGAUAGAACA